AUCUGAAUCUGCUCCCACAAUUCAACAGGCAACAAAGGAAGAAAGGAAGAGGCCGUAAGCUACAAAGUGUUAGCCAACCUAGGCAGAAAGAUGUCACCUUAUUAUGUCAUUCUAGACGGAAAUGCAAACCCGCACGUUUAGAGAAGAACCAAGUCCGGCCACAUUAAACGCUUUAAAGUUUCGUUUGGACGCAGAAGCGGACUAAAGGGAAGGUAACGGUAAUGUUUUCGGCAGCAAACGUUAACAAAGCUAGCUGAUUGACUUAGGUAGUAAGCUAACGUUAGCCAAGCUAACAUUAGCCAACAAUCGUGAAGGAGCGACCAGUCAAACAGACUGAUGCCAGUACCUCUGGUUUAUUUUGCUUAGGAAGACCAGCAGGAGUGAGCAGCAUCAAAUGAAAGGUGGUGGAAGUGGAACUUGACCCAUCCAACUGAGUCACCAUUUUCCUGCACAUAAUGGGUUUGAUGGCUCCACUGUGUGCAUGACUUGUUUGGUGUUCCCUGAUGGGAGGACACUGUGGAUAGUACUUUCAUCAGGAUACCAGGAGAGCCAACCCAUGCCCCCACUUUGGAGGGCCUGUCAGAAUGAAGAAGAUAAGCCUUAAGACCAUCCGCAAGUCCCUCAGCAUAAAGGGCAAAGAGGAGGGUGACUUUGUGAUGCUCCAGCAGCCCUCGGUGACUACAGAGUUUUCUAAGGAAGAGUCACUUUUUGGGGGCUGCUACACCAAAGAGCUUUCUGGCUGUGACCUUGGUGGCGAAGAGGACAAAGGAGGCCAGAAUAAGGGCCGCUCAAAGAGUGAGGGCCUAAUGGGAUCACUAAAGAGGAGACUGUCUGCCAAGCAGAAGGCAAAAGUGAAAGGCAGCUCCUCUGCCAUAGGCUCGGUGGAUGAUGACGACAACUUCUCAUCCUCGUCUGUGCCCAUCAGCUUCAAUGAGGUGAAAGCCCAGAGACCCCUUAGAUCUGCAUCCCUAAGGAGUCACCAUUAUAGCCCCUCACCAUGGCCUUUGCGGUCAGUAAACUCUGAUGAGGCGUGUAUCAAGAUGGAGGUAAAAGUUAAAGCCAUGGUUCACUCUCCCAGCCCAAGUCCCAACUUAAACGGUGUCCGGAAAGAAUUUCACGAUUUUCAAAUGGAAGGGCUCUUUCAGGACCAAGCAGACUCCUUAAAGAAUCUCCAGCAGCCGCAGAACAGGGAACUGCAUCUAAACAUUGAUGAAAAUGACGUGCCUGUGGUGCUGGGGUUGACUCCCCAGGACUACAUCCAGUACACAAUGCCUUUAGAUGAGGGAAUGUACCCAGAAGGGUCCCACUCCUUCUGCCUGGACAGCUCCUCUCCUAUGGAGGUGGUGACUGAAGCAGACAAUGGGUCCCUCCACACAGACCAGGGACAGGAGGAGCAUGAACUGGUUAGUGGGAUGCCUCCGGAUCUUUUCAUGGAAACCUCAGUUAAUAGUCUUCUCAUUGGUUCUGCUGGUGUGAUGCUCCAAAGCUCUCGAGUCGAGGUCCCACCUCCUCUCUCUCCACUCCUGCCGCCCAUGAUGAGUAAUGAACUUAUUCCAAGGACUUUUUCAGGGUUCAGCUCUUCAGACAGCCAGGUAGCUGAGAGGGUAAGACACCACCUCAACUUUGACCCAAAUUCAGCGCCGGGGGUCAGUCGGGUGUACGACUCAGUCCAGAGCAGCGGGCCCAUGGUGGUCACCAGUCUGACAGAGGAGCUGAAGAAGCUGGCGAGGCAGGGCUGGUACUGGGGACCCAUCACGCGCUGGGAGGCAGAGGAAAAGCUGGUCAACUUGGCCGAUGGCUCAUUCCUGGUCAGAGACAGCUCGGACGACAGGUACCUGCUCAGCCUGAGUUUCAGGUCACAGGGCAAAACCCUCCACACCCGCAUCGAACACUCCAACGGACGCUUUAGCUUCUAUGAGCAGCCUGAUGUGGAGGGACACACGUCCAUCGUUGACUUAAUCGAACACUCUAUUAGAGACUCAGAGAACGGAGCUUUUUGCUACUCCAGGUCUCGCUUACCAGGGUCUGCAACCUACCCUGUCAGACUAACCAACCCAGUAUCUCGGUUUAUGCAAGUGCGCUCCCUGCAGUAUCUGUGUCGCUUUGUCAUUAGACAAUACACAAGAAUAGACCUGAUCCAGAAACUGCCCUUACCUAACAAGAUGAAAGAUUAUCUGCAGGAGAAGCACUACUGAAGACACAGAGAUAAGACAGUGGUAGCAAUUUGCACUUUUGUGUUCAGUUAAGAGAUUUAAACAAGGUUUACAGACAACCACAGUUUUGAGAUGAUUUGGUUCUGGUGGCUCUUGAUUUGUGUCCAGGUGACUCUGUCACUGUUUAGUCCUCCAUUCCACUGUUCUGGGUUUUUCCGCUGGUUUAAGGAGGCUGUACUUCCAGAAACAAAGGCCAGCACAUAAUCUAUCGCAAAAAAUACUAGAGGUAUACAGCCAAGUUGUCUUAGUUGCAUACACUAAGUGCAGACAUUAGACUUGCAUUGGGAUGUAUGGUUCACUGUACCAUCCAGCUGCGCAAGUGGAGCAGGUUUUCAAAAGUUCGCCAUCUGUGUUAAAGUUGGGCCUGUAGGGAAAACAAAAUUUGAAAAUGAAUUUAAUUUAUAUCCACCAAAUUGUACAUUUUAAAUGUGGAAAAUUAUUGUUACAAUGACAUUUUUUAAAUCAAAUGUUAAGCUCUCUGCAGACUGACCAAUUCUGCUCAUCUUUUGCUUUUUAUUACUUGUCACAUUGUGCAGCGUCUUUUUCAGCAUGACCAGACUGAGAAUUAGAACAUUCUGCAUUCACGCUAUGCAAUAAGUCAAACAGCAAGGCUCGGCUUCAUCGUAUAACAAGUGAUGUUCGCCCACCUAUGGUUUUCAUGUUCACCAGAUUUUUGUUAAUUUACAAACUUAAUUACUCAUACAGUGGAUACAGUUUCUUCCUCAGGUAUUAUCUGUCAUGGCAAUUUAACAUACUACAAUACAUACGUGCAUCUGUAUGCUUAGACUAAUGCAGGCUUUCAGUUGUAUAAACAUGGGAAUAAAUAGACAAAGAUUGUUACUGGGCAAACAAAAGUUCUAACACUAACCAAGGCCCUGUAUCAAUAAACAAUAAAAAAUAAGAUUCAUUUAUAAAAACUUAAAAAUUACAGUCAGGAUAAAAAGAAUUUCUGCAGUUCAAAUACAAAAACAACAUUUCAGUGCAAAAGAUGUCAAAAUUGUGCCAGUCUGUGAGGAGAUUUAAGCUGUUUGGUCAGAGAAGUGACUUUAAAUUGUAUGGCUGCAUGUAGCCAUUAUAUAAUGUGCAAGCCUAAAGGUACUGACAAUGCUGGAUUUUAAUGUGCUGUUUGUAGAAACGGCAUCAAGUUAAUGUAUAAAUCUUUUAGAAAUAUAUUACCAUUAAAAGUUGAAUCUUUCUGCAUUAGGAAUGUUACAAAAACUGCACCGCAGCUCAGGCCUAACAACUUUGUCACUGUCUGUAAUGCUUGUAUGUGCAUGUAGUAAAGGCUUUACGACGGUCAAUUAAGGGCAAUGUAUGUGGAAUUACUCUAAAUGAGCGAGGAUGUCACGCUAAAAGAGGCUCGGCUGUGCUGUUUAAGCGCGACUCGUAAGUGAUAGGCCGUUUAAUGCACAGUUGCAUUUACCUUAGGCCGGUUCUAAGUUUAAAAAAAAUUGCCCUCAGUUAACCUACAAUGGAAAAACAGACCUAUGGUCAAUUGACCUGAAUCUGUAUGGAGUGAUUGCUGUUUCUUAGUCUCUUAAUGCCAGCAAUGAGCUGGACCCAGAUCAAAAGAAUCCCAGAAAGGGUGCAAGCUUAGGUAAAAGGAUUUGGGAAAGCCAGGGUUAAGUCCUCCUCGCCAUCUUGGACUGAUGCCAGGGUUUCAGCAUAUGACAAAAGGUCCAUCACAGCUGCAUGGCAUCAUUUGGGUUUCAAGGACAUUCAAGGAAAAAAGAAAGAAGAAGAAGCAUACAAUUUUUGGCCAUUGCUUAUUCACAUUGUCCCCACAGAGCUGCACUACACCACAGAUUGUCUCUACUUGGCUGUUUGUGCCAGAGUAAAGGGAAGAGCACACAGUAUGCUACGCAAGUGCUUUAUAUGGAUACUUUGACAGGGAAUUGUGUUUUCACAUUAUGAAUGAGCAUCUUUUUUGACAUCAGCGUCCUUAAAAGUAUUUGGAAAAUGGUCCCUCGGACAACUUUGGUAGGUUGUUAGAGCAUAGUUCUAGUUUUAGUUAGCUGGAAAUGUCAGUGUCUGAGGAAGUUACCAUGAAUCUAGCACAGCAGAAAUUAGAUAGGAACUUUGAAUGGUGUUGCAUGUUUAAAGACUUAGCAUUUUAAAGCUUUUGAGUUGUAUAGGAAUGAAGGAUCUAGGUUGUGUGUUUGGCUGUGUAGAGGGAUGUUUUUCUGUCACAAACAUUGGCUGGACAUUCUGUGUACAAGAAAUGUAUUUUUCUUUUUAGAAUCCUUCUGUGAGUUUAUUUUGUGACAUUUGCCAUCUGGGGGAUGGGGCUGUACAAAAAGAAUGUACGCUUGUUUGAGGGAUCCGUUUUAUCUGCCUGCAGACCCGUUUCAGAAAGCAUGAGAAUCAUAAAAAAAACCUACAUUGUCACAUUUUUUGCACUUGAAUAUUCUCCAUUGACAUGCUUGGAUCCUCUCCUGCCUAGAGUUGUCCUUCAGAUGGCGUUUUUAAAAAAAAAAUUAAAGUCACACAUUUGUCCUCAUGUGUUCAUAUAACUGUUUAGAUCAAAACAAGAUUUAGUUUUUGUCAUAUGUGUGGGAUAUAAAGGGUAAGGCACCAGCAUCAUAUCAAAGCCUCUGCUAAUGCGCUGUCAAGGAAUGGGAUCAUGGCAAGAACGUGGAUGUAAAUUUGACUUUUUGUUGUUUUGGGUAUAUGUGUUUCAGUUGAAAUGUGAAAGUAAAAAUGUUAGUCUUUUUUUUUUUUUUUUAAUACAAUGUUCUUUUAAUUGUAUUUCCAUUUUAAUUUGUCAACAGAUUUUGACAAGCAGGAACCAGUUUCAUAUGGUGUUGCUGCUGUGACUUUUCUAAAUACGUAUUCAGUUUAUCAUUAAGCAUUAUUGCCUUCAAUGUUUGAUUCCAGAGGUUGAUGCUUGUUCAGACUGCUGAAGCAUUUUGAAUUAAUAACAGCUGUUUAGCACUUAACAAGCUAAAACGAUUUUUUUUUUUUUUUGUGCAUCUCCGUGAGUGAAGGUGAUUGUUUACAACAUUAUGUUUCAAAAUGCCCCCCUCCUUUCCCUUUUUUUGUU